AUGGUUGUGGAGGCCGUCUCCGGGAGCCCGCCGCUGGCCGUCGGCGGCGUGGCCGGCGGCAGCAGCAUGGGCAUGGCCGUGCACGGGCACCGGCUCUCGACCGUGGUGCCGAGCUCGGUGACCGGGGAGGAGGUGAACUACGAGCUGGCGGACGCCGACUUGCUCCACAAGCUGCACUACCUCCGCGCGGUGCACGUGUUCCGCGCGCCGGCGUUCGCCAUCGAGGCGCUGAAGGAGCCCAUGUUCCCGUGGCUUGACUUGUACUUCCCCGUCAGCGGCCGGCUCCGGCGGCGUCAUCAAGCGGCCGACGCCGGCGCCGAGGGCGGCAAGGCGGUGGGGCUGGGGCGGCCGUACGUGCGGUGCAACGACUGCGGCGUGCGCAUCGUGGAGGUGGCCUGCGACGCCACCGUGGAGCAGUGGCUGCAGGCGGAGGCGGAGCGCGGCGGCCUCUGCAAGGCGCUGGCCUACGACAAGGUGAUCGGGCCGGAGCUCUUCUUCUCGCCGCUGCUCUACGUGCAGGUGACGAGCUUCAAGUGCGGCGGGAUGGCCCUCGGCUUCACGUGGGCGCACGUCAUCGGCGACAUCCCCUCCGCCGCCGCCUGCUUCAGCACGUGGGCGCAGCUCUUCAGCGGCAAGAAGGCCCCGGCACCGACCCUGCGAGACCCACUCGCCAUGCCGCCGCCGGCGGCCCCACCAGCCAGCGUGGCGGCCCCGCCGCCGUCGGUCAAGGCCACUGCCGCGCCCGUCGGCGAUGACUGGGCGGUCCCCGGCACCCGUGACAUGGUGCCCUUCUCCUUCCACGUCACCGAGCAGCAGCUGCAGAGCCUCCAGCUCAGCGCGGCCAAGGGGCAUCAGCAGCGCCAUGUGGUGAUGGGCCCGUUCGAGCUGGUCUCGGCGGUGAUCUGGCGGGCGCUGGCCGCGAUCCGAGGCCCCGAGGAGGAGGAGGCGACGCGCACGGUGACCGUCGUGAGGACUGAACCGGCGACGCCCACGCCGGGCGGCGGCGGCGGCCGCCCGGUGCUGGCCAACGAGCACCGCAUCGGCCACGUCGUCGUCGCAUCGACCGGCGGCUCGUCGUCGUCGCCAGCGACGGCCGACGUCUCCAAGUUGGCAGCGCUGCUGGCCGGCGCGCACCUCGACGAGGCCAGCGCGGUCGCUGCGGCGGCGUUCGCGGGAGCGGAGGACGCCGACGUGGUCGUGUACGGCGCCAACCUGACGCUCGUGGACGCCGAGGCGCUGGAGGUGUACGCCGGGCUGGAGCUCGCGGGGCGGCGCCCGGCGCACGUGGAGUACGCCGUGGACGGCGUCGGCGACGGCGGCGCGGCCGUCGUGCACCGCGACGGCGGCGGGCGCGGCCGCACCGUCGCGGCCGUCCUGCGCCGCGGCGAGGCCGACCGCCUCCGUGCUGCGCUCCGUGACGCGCUGCCCGUUGCUGCUUGA